AUGCGGCCGGCCGGGGCCCUGCUCACCUUCUGCCUGGUCUUGAGCAUCACUACAGGCCCUUCCCAAGGAUUCUGCUCCCAGGACCUUCACUCAGGUGUGAAGCCAGGAUUCCCAGAAAAAAUCAAGACCAAUGACCCACGAGUCCGCAGAGCCGCACGGUACAGUGUGGAGAAGUUCAACAACUGCACCAACGACAUGUUCUUGUUCAAGGAGUCCCGCGUCAGGAGAGCCCUGGUCCAGAUAGUGAAGGGCCUAAAAUACCUGCUUGAAGUAGAAAUCGGCAGAACCACCUGCGAGAAAACCCAGCACCCUCGCCUGGAUGACUGCGCCUUCCAGACCAACCUAACCUUGGAGCGGACUCUGUGGUGCUACUCUGAAGUCUGGGUCAUCCCCUGGCUCCAGCACUUCGAGGUGCCCGUCCUCCGCUGCCACUGA